AUGAAUAUAACAACCACAGAUGAGCGUGAGUCCACACAAGUGGAAAGCACCUGGUCCUUAGAUGCGAUGGGCAACUUUGCCGUGGAGGAUCGAUCGAAGAAUCCAUUCUUCGCUCGUCAUCACAACUCCGGUGAAGAUGAUGCCUGGGUCUCUCUGCUUCUACCUUUGCCUUCUACAUUAUCAUCAUCACCAUCAUUACCACUGAAAAUUAGCAGGAACAAAGACAUUUCGCUGUAUGCACAUGAUAACUACAAACAAGCGUAUCAGAAUAUCUCAAUUCUUUCAACCGAGCAACUUUCAAAUGAAGAAUGGACCGCUCGCAGGUUUCAAAGAGAGCAGAAUGCCAGAUUUCCAGGACAGAUUUCAACUGAACAAAACCUCCCUGUACAGCAGUACUAUCGCAGUGAUCAGAGCGGUAUCGAAGGUAGCUUGUCGGCGACAAGGAACUUUUCUGUGGAGCAGGAGUUGCUGUUGUCUCAAAGGCGGCCCGAACCAACACAAUCGCCAACUCGUGAGGAAUAUCCUCGUGCAAGACCCCAUCGUCUACCUAUAUCUACAAUUUUUCAUCGAGAGAGCCUCAUUGAUCGAUCUAGGACUGCGGUUUCAAGUAUGACUCGUUUUCUUGUUGGAUCGUUCUUGUCAAUAAACAACCUCGAACCAGCCUCAAGAUCCGAGGCAACAACAUCACCCGCUUGGGUGGGACGCGAUGGUAUUGAGGAUUACAAUGGGACAGAUCGCGCUGGUCUAGACUCAAUGGCAGGUAUUGGCGUCAGACGAAGCAGGCAAAGUGAAAUCCAAGCAUUUUAUGGUGAUGACGACAGCGACGACGAUACGGCAUAUUGGACCACUGGCACUGCAAUGGAGACUAUAUACGAUUCUGAUUCCUCCAAUGAUGCUGAAACUGAAGAAUUAGAAAGUGCACCAGCAGCAGAAGAACGCCACCAAAUCGAGAACGACGCUGCCUGGUCGUCUGGAGGAGACGAAUUUUUGGAGUGGAACUAUUGCACCGAAGCACAACAAGGUGUCAAGAUAGAGCCCACAUUUCCACACGAUCCGUUUGUACAGUUUAAUUCUAGAAGACUCUAA